AUGUUCCGCCUCGCGACAGCUCCCACCCGCACCAGCGGCGUCAGAAGGCAUCUCCUAGCCUGCGUCUCCACGCCGCCGUCAUUACCAUGGGCCCCUGCAGCACCGUCACCACCACCACCGACAACGAUGCCGACAACGACAACGAGGACGCUAAAGACAAAGAGCAAACUCCGGCCCCUUCCGGGCCUCAAAAAGUCGAGCGCCAGAGAGGAGAAGCCAAAGCCUCGAGACGUCGUCUUCGAGCCCCGGUCUCUCACCGAGUUCAAGAUUCUGCUCCGCGAGCGAGCCUACAUGAGCGUCACGGCGGAACGGGCCCACGACGUCUACAUGAAGUACAUGAAAGCCCUCGUCCGGCCUGAUAAACCACGAGACUGGCAAAUGGCGUUCGUCAAAGAAAACAACAUCACGGCGGGCGAACUCCAUGAGACCGCCGGCCUCCUCUACUUCACAAACACCAGCUCCGAGUCCGAACUCAUCCUGCAGUUCAACAUGAUGGAGACGGCCGCCGGCCUCGGCUACGAUCCGGCCGCCCUGACCCUCGGCCGCCACCUCUACAGGGCCGAGGGCAAGAAAAACUACUACGACUGGGACAACCCGCGCUGGCACCACACCCGCACGCGGUGCCUGGCCCUCAUCGCAGAGGGCCGCGACGCGAACGCCAUGGUCGUCGCCGGCCUCCGCCACCUCAACCGCGAGACGGAGCGCGACGACUACCUCGCCCUCGAGGCCUUCACGCAGGCCCUCGCGCUCGGCAAGGACGCCGCCUACUUUGACUGGAUGUGCUCCGCGCUCGAGGGCCAGGGCGACGCGUACCUGCGGCUCGGCGAGAAGGACAAAGCCAAGGACACCUUUUUCCACCUGGGAAAGCUGGGCUACGCGCGGGGGUGGUCGCGCCUGGCUGACUUGUACCCGGACGACAAGGGGACAAUGGGAUGGCUGUUCAAGGCGGCCGGGGCGGGCCUCCCCGGUUCGUACCAGAAACUGGUGGACCAUUGCGAGAAAUGGCGCAAGUUUUGCGCCUCGGACGAGAAGUGGGCAGCCUACUGGGAGCGACACGCUUCGGAGUGGACGCGGAUACUAAAGGCUUCUAUCGCCAGAAAGAAGUUGAAUAAAUCCAAAUAG